AUGGGAAAGUAUCAUCAACAGUUUGACAGACUCUCAGAAGCAAAUCAUCAUCAUGAAGACCAUUGUGUGCCUUGGCUUCGUUGUCCUUUUCCUGGCUCUUGCACAAUCGCAGCCUGUGCUCGAUGAGACCAAAGAGGUGCAGCUUGCAGAUGUGGAUACUCCGGAUACAUUAGUGGAUGCUGCCAGCGAAUUGAAUCUUCGUCAGAAACGUGCCACCUGCGAUCUGCUGAGCGCCUUCAAUGUGAAUCAUUCCGCCUGUGCGGUGCACUGCAUCUCUCGUCGUUAUAAAGGAGGAUAUUGCAGUGACAAGGCCGUCUGUGUUUGUCGUCGUUAAACCACAAAUUUCUAUUACUAUUUAUUAAACGAUCAAUAAAAAUAAAACUUGCAUAUAGUAGUAUA